AUGCCCCAAAAUGAAGACGAUCAAUCCAACUCAAUUCAUUCCACUGCUACUGAAAUUUCAAAUACAAGAGAUAUUGGCAACUAUGUAGGUUUUAAAUUUAAUAAAAUAAAAGACGACGAACUUUAUGAUAUUCUACGUGAUCCGUGGAUUCCACAUGAAAAUUUUAUUUUUCCUCUAAUUUCUCAAGGAGAUAAAAAUCGUCCCUUUAAACUUCACUGGAUAAAUGAGUAUCCCUGGUUGUCUUAUAGCCAAAAUCUCGGAGGAGCUUUUUGUAGAAUAUGUGUUUUAUUUGGAAGCGAUGAGGGAGGACGUAGUCGUGUAAAACUAGGAAAAUUAGUUACAAUACCAUUAUCUCUUUACAAAAAAGCAAAAGAAAAUUUUAAGGCCCAUCAAAAUAAUGACUACCAUAAGAAUUGUGUUUUUAAAUCUGAUAAUUUCAUAAGUGUUAUGAAUGGAAAAAUACAAAAUAUAGAAACAACAUUAGACACUACUAUGACACGUAAAGUUGAACAAAAUAGGCAAAAAUUAAUCCUUAUUAUUGAAACCCUACUAUUUUGUGGCCUACAAAAUAUAUCCUUACGCGGUCAUAGAGAUGAUGGUUCUAUAAAUUCUGUUGAUGACGAUAUCAAAAAUCAAAAAGGAAAUUUUAAGGCUUUAUUAGAAUUUUGUAUUAAUGCUGGAGAUCAAAUUCUAAAAGAUAUUUUAGCUGAUGAGACGACUGACGUAAGUAUUUCUGAACAAUUUUCAUUUUGUGUUCGGUAUUUUGAUUCGGACACAUGCUCAAUACGGGAACAUUUUCUUGGAUUCACAAAGGUUGAACAUGUAACUGGUGAAUAUUUAGCUGACACCAUUAUACAAAUAUUAAAAGAAAAAAAUUUAGAUCUUGCUCUGCUUCGAGGACAAGGAUAUGAUGGUGCCGCGAAUAUGAGUGGUGCGUUUAAAGGAGUACAAUCUCGAAUUGCAAGUUUACAGCCUCUUGCAUUUUAUACUCACUGUGCCAACCACAGAUUAAAUUUAGUGCUCAAACUUUUUCCACAUCAAAAAGCAGUAAAAGCUAAAAAGUUGUGUGAAACACGUUGGGUCGAAAGACAUGAUGGAAUUUUACAUUUUUUGGAAAUAUUACCAGUUAUAAUAGUUACAUUAGACGAAUUAAGCCUUAGCAACCAUACAGGAAGCAAUGCACAAUCUCUAUCUGCAGCUAUUUCCAUAACACUUCCACUUUCAAUGCUGUUACAGAGUAUUAAUAUUGACUAUACACAAUCGAUAGAAAUGAUCAACAAUGUUAAAAAUGUAUUAACUACAAUAAGAGAAAAUUCAAAAACGGAAUUUAAAAACAUUUUUGAAGAAACAAGAAUAAUUGCAGUAAAAAUAGACGUUGAUAUAAGGAUUCCAAGAGUAACAAAAAAACAAUGUCAUCGUGCAAAUGCUCAGCCCGAAUCAACUGAUUUAUCUGAAUUCUACCACGUUAACUAUUUUCUAUCUUAUUUGGAUUAUCUUAUGUCAGAACUAAAUUCACACGAUAAAAUAUUGAAUGCGGCCAAGACAUAUGAAGCAGAUUUACCUCAUAGUAUUGAAGCACUACGCGGUGAGUUAAAUUUAUGGAAACAAUUUUGGAAAAAUAAACCAGAAAAGGCUGAUUCUUCAAUGGAAGCUUUUAAAUAUGCAUCUAUGUUUCCUAACAUUAAAUGUCUUUUAACAAUUCUUAGUGUGAUACCUAUAACAACAGCAAGUGCUGAAAGGUCAUUUAGUUCUUUAAAAAGAAUUAAAACUUACCUACGAUCGACAAUGAGCCAGGAAAGAUUUAACGGCUUAGCAAUGUUGCAUAUAAAUAAAGAUAUUCAAGUAAAACCAGGAGAAGUACUAGAUGUGUUUGCUAAAAAACAUAAACGAAAACUUCAAUUCGACCUAUGA